ACAAGGAUCAGCCGUUCUCUCAGAACAUACCAUUCAUUCAUUCCCCAGUCCACUGUGGAUUUGAUCUGAUCGGGAUCUGAACUUGAAGAAUGAGAGAAGUGAUUGACAACCUUGUGUUCCAGUCUCUCUCCUCUCCUCCCCAUGGAGCAGUUUAUCAGUGUCUGGGUUCGGGAUCCUCGGAUUCAGAAGAAUGACUUCUGGCAUGCCCACAUGGACUAUGAAAUCUGUAUACAUACCAACAGUGUCUGCUUCACUAAGAAGAUCUCCUGUGUGAGGAGAAGGUACCGGGAGUUCGUCUGGCUCCGGCAGAAACUACAGGCAAACUCCCUACUCAUGGUCCAGCUACCUGAACUACCACCUAAGAACCCUUUCUUUAGCCUGAACAACGCCCAGCAGAUCACAGAGAGGAUGAAGGGUCUCCAGAAGUUCCUUCAACUGACCCUGGAGAGUAAUCUGCUUCUGUCAGACAGCUGUCUGCACCUCUUCCUGCAGUCGGAGCUGGGGGUGUCCCAGAUAGAGGCCUGCGCCUCAGGGAGAACCCAUUACUCUGUGUCCCAGGCCGUGCUGGGCUGCGGCUGCAAACUGCAACGCUUCCACUCCCAGGAGGACCUGUUAGAGACCAGCCGCAAGGAGUCCUGUGACUCCGACUCUGUUAGUGGGUUUGUAGAGCCGGAGCCCAGCAGUAAAGAUGGAACUGCUUCCUCACCCCCAGAGACCCUAGCUCUGUCUCUACCUGAUAGGACCAGACCUAACCACAACCAGGAAGAGACCCUAGCUCUGUCUCUACCUGAUAGGACCAGACCUUACCACAGCCAGGAAGAGACCCUAGCUCUGUCUCUACCUGAUAGGACCAGACCUAACCCCAACCAGGAAGAUACCCUAGCUCUGUCUCUACCUGAUAGGACCAGACCUAACCCCAACCAGGAAGAUACCCUAGCUCUGUCUCUACCUGAUAGGACCAGACCUUACCACAGCCAGGAAGAGACCCUAGCUCUGUCUCUACCUGAUAGGACCAGACCUUACCACAGCCAGGAAGAGACCCUAGCUCUGUCUUUACCUGAUAGGACCAGACCUUACCACAGCCAGGAAGAGACCCUAGCUCUGUCUCUACCUGAUAGGACCAGACCUAACCACGACCAGGAAGAGACCCUAGCUCUGUCUCUACCUGAUAGGACCAGACCUAACCCCAACCAGGAAGAGACCCUAGCUCUGUCUCUGCCUGAUAGGACCAGACCUAACCCCAACCAGGAAGAGACCCUAGCUCUGUCUCUACCUGACAGGACCAGACCUAACCCCAACCAGGAAGAGACCCUAGCGCUGUCUCUGCCUGAUAGGACCAGACCUAACCCCAACCAGGAAGAGACCCUAGCUCUGUCUCUACCUGAUAGAACCAGAGCUAACCCCAACCAGGAAGAGACCCUAGCUCUGUCUCUGCCUGAUAGGACCAGACCUAACCCCAACCAGGAAGAGACCCUAGCGCUGUCUCUGCCUGAGAAGCAGACCUAA